GUUCACAAGUAAUGCAUAAUUCCACGUGAGCUUACGUCCACAAGUUGUGAUAGCAAUAUGUGAAGUAAUUUAUUCCGUAGAUGGAGUCGCAAAUCGACAACGAUUGCACCACGAAAGUCGCGGAGCUAUACUGCUAUGACCGGACUACUUGCCUCACUUUGGCAGAGUUGCUAUUCUAAGCAGGAAACGUAGUAAAAAUAGCAUCGAAAUACGGACCAACACAUACAGAGGAGAAUACGCUGAUAAUUAUGGCUUCAGCGCAUCGGCAUGGUAAGGAUAGUGAACCUCCGGAGACUCGAAGAAUGGUUUUUUGAAGCCUUUGUCUUCUAGGAACAAAAGCUCUGGGGAGCCGUCCAAACAUGUUAAAAAUGUCCUCUCUAGAGAAACUGGGAAAUUGCUGACAAAAAGAAAUGAAAGAAAGCAAGAAAAGUCGCUGUCACGAUAUGAGUAGGCAAAAGCACUAAAGAACAAUGGAUCGUCCAAAGUUAGCAGUCACGUAUUAGAGACGUUUUUCCGCAGAUUCCAAAAAAAAAAAAAUAAUUGCGAGAACUACCAGGUCAGAUCCGAACGCAAGAAUAAGAAAUCUCCUUUCCGUGGCCUUUAUAAGCGAUGAACACGUGGGCGUUUAGUCCCCACGAUUUUCAUAGAAGAGCGCUUCUUCCGGCCGGACAUCCGGGACCUGGAGCCAUGCGCGUCGCCUUGGCAGCAUUGGUGGUGAUCGUUGCCAUCCAACUGGCUCCGUCAAUCGAAGCCAAGAAGCCGACAUGCAGGGUGCUCCAUAAUGUGAUGCACGUCAAUUGGAAGAAGUUCGCGCGAAAGGAGUGGCUGGAAGUACUUCACUCUCGCGACCGAUUUACGGCGUGCUUGUCGAGGGCGUACUUUCCCAAGGCGGGAAUGGUCCACUAUCGCAAGAAGAAAGGACCGAACGCAAAGGGAGAGAGGUCGAAGCAUCCGUUCAAAGUCCACCAAGGCGACAUAUUUAUCUACAGAGACGAACAACAAUUUGAGCAGUUGAUCGCGUCGGAUAGUCGGACCUGGGCUCUGAUCUACCACUGCUGGCCGGAGGCGUCUGGGGCUCACUUUGUGUUGUUGGUCACGAGGAAGCACGGCUGUGUGGAAGGUCGCGUGGUCGCACAAGCAAUGAAGGCCCUCAGGAAAACAGGCUACAAGAAGGAGAUCUCGUGGAAGAGAUCUGGCUGCCUUCCUCAGGGCAGUGGAGAUUUAGGCUACGAAAUCAGCAUAUAUAUCAAUGUCACGAUGCUUCCACUCCGAAUAGAAGGCACACUGGAAUAAUUUUUGCUGCUUUCUUUAAGCGAAAUUUAAAUAAAAUAAAGACAUGUA